AUGAAGUUCACCACCAUCCCCUUUCUCGCUCUCAGCUUCCUCCUUGCCAGCGCUCCCCUGGCUCUCGCCAACCCCAUCAAUAGCGGUUCCAAGGUUGACACCACUCCGACCUGCGUGUCCGAUCCCGAGGGAUUUAUGACCGUGGCCGACGCCCGUUCUUGCUUCGACGAGAUUGCUGCUAAAGGCACUCAGCUGAUCACUACCAAGGCCCCUGGCCAGGCUAUGUGCGUGAGAAGGAGUGGCGUGUUUUGGGCGGGGAUUGGAGGGGAUGCGGAUCAGAGUGCUGCUGCAUCCGACAUCGCUGCUGCUGGAAAGCUUAUUCUGGACACCUGCAAGUUCAACGGCGUUCGCGGCAUGCUGAGCGAGAUGACUGGUGGCGGAGCGUACGUGGCUACCAACGACCACAUCUAUGUCAUGUUCUCCAAGGAUGAGCAGGAUGACUGA